AAGCGCUCGAGGUGGAGAAGACGAAGAUACUCAUCGAACGUGGCGCGCGUGUCAACGCGCUAGACCGUGCCUCCACAGUACGACCUGCUGGCCUGGAUCGCCCGCUCGCUGUCCUUACGCGAUCACUUCACCUUGACAAGCUAACUACAGGAAAAGCAGGAAGCCGUCCACGAUGGUUCUGCGCUGGCGCCAGAUGCGCCUGCUGCUCUGGAAGAGCGUCUAUCUGUACAGGCUUCGCCGCAACUGGGCCAUCACGGCGCUGGAGGUGCUGACGCCGCUGCUGCUGACGCUGGUGCAGAACUACCUGCACUGCAACGGCUACAGCGUGGGCGACACACCGCUGCCCAUACCCACCGUUGGGACCACGUUCGCCGGCAGCGACACCGACGUGCCCAGCGUGGUCAGGCCUUCGAUCAACUUCCCUUCCUCCAUUGGCUUCGUUCCGGCGCCAGGCAACGUUACCGGCGAGGAGGUACUGCGCCAGGCCUUUCCUGCUGUCAAGCUGGAGCCGUUCCCCACCGAGUCCGAGAUGGUGGCCAACUUGUCCGUGCGCACCAACGCGCUGGGCCUGGCCAACAACUACGGUGUCGUUUUCGAGCGGGCCGAGCAGGGCGUGCUCAGCUACAAGCUUCGAUUCCCGUCCUGGCAGGAAUUCUACACCAGGCAGACCUUUGUGGGCAGCGGUGCCAAGAAGCAGCCGCCCUUUUGGAUGAACGGCAUCCUUCUGCCCAUGGUGUCCGGGCUGAACCUGGCGGUCGCGCGCUCCGAGGCCGCGCGCCUGAACAACCCGCUGCCGCCGGUGUACUUCCAGACGCGUCGCUUUCCGGCGCCCAAGGCCAAGGGUUGGGGCGGCGGCGCGCGUCGCAUCGCCGACCUCUGCGUCGUGUACGGCUUCAUCGUGAUCGCGCCCGUCGCCGUCAAGCGCAUCGCGGACGAGAAGUCCGUCGGCAUGAAGGAGCUGCUGCACAUCGCGGGUGUGUCCGACGUGGCGUAUUGGCUGUCGGCGUACAUGAGCGGCCUGCUGGUUAUGUCGGUGGUGGCGGUGCUCAUGACGGCGCUCAUGAAGCUGCCGCUGUUCUGCGCCCCAGCGCUGCUGCCGCAGAGCGACUUCACGCUGGUGCUGGCCAUGAUCAUGCUGUACGCCGUCUACUGCGACCUCUUCUGCCUGCUCGUCAGCUGUGUCGUCAAGACGCCGGUGUACGCCGUGUUCGCCACCGUGUGUCUUUGGACACUUACGUACGAGGUGCCCAUCUUCUUCAUGGACGUGCCCGGGUCAGCCGAGUACGUGGACCUCUCCCUCGCGCAGAAGAUACAGAGCUCCAUUUUCCCCAACAUGGCCGUGCACUGGAUAUUCCGCAUCAUCUCCCUGCACGAAGAGAACAACGACGGGGCGCGCUGGAGUAACUUCCGCGUUACCGGCUCGCCGUAUGACAACGUGACGCUGUUCGGCAUGACGCUGGUGGUGUGCGGCUACUGCCUCGUUUACGGCAUGUUCGUCUGGUACCUGGACAACGUCUGGCCCUGGCAGUACGGCAUCCCAAAGGACCCGCUCUUUUUCACCAAGUGGAGCUACUGGUUCUACCGCGGUCGUGUACCGGUGACUGUCAGCGAGUCGACCACAGACUCUUCGGAGCCCAACGCCCCCAUAGAGGGUGUCGGAGACCGCACCAAUCCAGGCAUUGUGCUCAACGACGUCACAAAGAUGUACCACAACCAGACAGUGGCCGUUCGUCACGUGAGCCUGAAGGCAUACCCGGGUGACGUCACGGUGCUGCUGGGUCGCAAUGGUGCGGGCAAGACCACGCUGCUGCGCCUCAUCACGGGCCUCGAGCAGGCUACCGAGGGCUGCGUCUACGUGGCCGGCUACGACGUCGCGCUCGAGACGGACUCCGCGCGCCGAUCCAUGGGCUUCUGCCCGCAGGAGAACGUGCUCUUCCUCGGCCUCACCGUCCUCGAGCACCUGCAAUUCUUCGCCAGAAUACGCAGCGACAGCUGGGCGACGGCGGACGAGGCGAUCGAGGAGAUACUGGAGGCAUUCAACCUGGCCGAGAAGCGCGACGCCCUGGCCAGCUCCUUGUCCUGGGGCACUAUGCGAAAGCUGCAGCUCGGCGUCGCCAUUGUCGGAAGCCCCUUGAUCGUGGUUCUGGACGAGCCCACGGCGGGUGCGGACCCCGAGUGCAAGGGCGCACUGUGGGAAUGCGUGCUGCGCUUCCACGAGGACAAGACGAUGCUGCUGACCACGCACAGCAUGGAGGAGGCCGACACCCUCGGCGACCGCAUCGCCGUCUUGUCGUCCGGAAGGCUGCGCUGCUGCGGCUCGCCGCUCUUCCUGCGCACCACCUACGGCACGGGCUACUGGAUCAGGGCAGGCAUGAAGAACUUCAGUCCGGCGCGUGCUCUUGCCGACCUGGUACGGCGUUACGUUCCCCGAGCUCAGAUCAAGGCCGACGACCACCAGACGCUCAACGCGAACGUGGGAGAUCCUGGCGUCAACACGCUCAUUCAGCUGCUCCGUGAGCUGGAAGAGAACCGGCGCACGUACCUGCUCGACUCGGUGUCGGUUUUCGUGGCGGCGCUCGAAGACGUGCUUCGCUGCGUGGACCGCGAUCCGGGAGAGAGCGAGGACGAGGGAGCGCCCGAGCUGCCCGACUGCCCGUGUGCCCUGGUCGACGCCAACAAGGUGGCUGCCGGCGGCAUCAACCCGAGCGGCCAGCAGCGCCUCUAUGCCCUCGUCGUCAAGCGGCUGCAGUACGGCCGCCGCGACUUCAGGCUGCCCAUGCUCAUGCUCCUGCUUCCACUCUCGGUCAUCUUGCUCUUCGUGUUCAUGAACCAAACGCACAUCUCGAGAAAGCUCAUAUACUCCGGUGCCGUAGAGUACUCCCUGCGCAAGAUCUUUGGUCGCACGGUUGCUUUCUACACGACCGACGAGAGCAUGAACAACGUGGCCACUGGAAGAUAUGCGAGGUACCUGAACGAAGACGAAGGCGCCAAGGUGCGGCGGUUGAAGCCGGGCGAGCCCUGGGAGUGGUUGCGAGGCCAGGCGCUGGAGAACUACCAGCGCUACCGGCGCAGCUUAGUGGUGGGCGCCGGGUACCGGCUCACCAGCAACUGGUCCACCGUGCCCGCGCAGGCCAUCGUGCGCGCGCCCUCGGCAACCCUGAGAGAGGAGCAGCCAGUCGUCGAGGUGACCGCGUGGCACAGCGCGUACUCGCCGCACUCGGCGGUGGUGUCUCUGACGGCGGCCACGCGCGCUUUCCUGCCGGGCUGGAAGGUGCGCGUCGUCAACCACCCGCUGCCCAAGGAGCACCCGAGUCCCGAGCCGGACCCCAUGAUCGUGCUGGCCACGCGCGUCAUGUGCGGCGUUUUCAUUCCUGUCGGCCUGGCCUUCCUCGCCGCGACCUACGUGCUCUUUCCCAUACAGGAGCGGGUCCAGAACGUGAAGCUGCUGCAGCUUCUGGCGGGUGCGGGCGCUCUCCCCUUUUGGGUCUCGUCGUUCAUCGUGGACCUGGCGCUGCACGCGGUCUGCUCGCUCGUGCUGCUCUUGCCUCUGGCUCUGCUCGACUGGCACCACCUGUACUCGGACACCUACACGCUCGCUUCCGUCUAUACAAUAAUGCUGAGCUACGGCUGGGCCUCGAUACCGGUCGCCUACGUGGCGUCAUUGGUCUGCGACCAGCCGUCAACAGGAUACGUGGCCAUCGCCUGCGUCAGCAUCGUAGCUGGUAUGGUCCUGAACACGGGCAUGUCCCUGCUCUACCUGCUUCCCCAGCUUACGGGCCACUGGGAGAACAGCACCCACGAGACGCCAUACCUAGACAGCGCCCUGUGGAUAUUCAGGACUAUUCCCAGCUUCGCGCUCACCUGGGGCAUCUCCAACUGCCUGCAGAUUGCUCAGGAGAGCGUAAUGUGCCGCUACAUGUCCACGUUCGACAGGCUCGUAUUUUGCCAGAACUUCGGGCUUGAAUCGAUACCGAACCACCUUAAUCGCUUCAUCGAAUGCUGCCCUGAAAAGUGCCGCGACUGCACCCUGUCCAAGGGCUGCCUGACGUGGCAGAAGACGAGCGGCGGCCGCGACGUGCUCCUCAUGCUGCUCGUGGGCGCCGCGCUGCUCGCCUUCGUCACGGCGCUCGACUCCGGCCUGGGAUACGUGGCUCGCACCCGGCGCAGGUCGCGCGGGGCGCCCCCUUCCGAGCACCUCGGCGUCAUCGAGGAGCGCACGCGCGUGCGCAGGCUCAUCGGGGACGGCCGCGUCGAACAGUCCGCGCUCUUGGUGAGCAACCUGAGCAAGAGCUACGGCACCAUGGAGGCGGUGCACGGCCUGUCGUUCGCGCUCCGAAGGCACGAGUGCUUCGGCCUGUUGGGCAUGAACGGUGCGGGCAAGACCACGACGUUUCGCAUGCUCACCGGAGACCUUAGGCCCACCGCGGGAAACGCGUUCAUCGGUGACGCUGACCUGGUGACCAAGAGAAACAAGUACCAGGCACGCAUCGGCUACUGCCCCCAGGCGGACGUGGCCCUCGACUUGCUUACCGGUCGAGAAAUGCUGGCGCUAUUUGCCAGGCUACGUGGGAUUUGCGAGAAGAGCGUGCCCGACGUCAUUCACCAGACGCUGGAAUUCGUGGACAUGACCGAGUACGCCGACUUCACCGUCGGCACGUACAGCGGUGGCACCCGGCGUAAGCUCUCGCUGGCCGUCGCGUUUGUGGGCAACCCAAAGGUGGUGCUGCUCGACGAGCCGACGGCCGCCGUGGACCCUCCGGCUCGAAGGCGCAUCUGGAGCAUACUGAUCGCCGCCAAGCAGCACCUCGAGCUCGCGAUCCUCUUGUCCUCGCAUUGCAUGCGCGAGUGUGAGGCCCUGUGCUCCCGCGUGGGCAUCCUUUCUGACGGCCGGUUCGCCUGCCUCGGCUCUACGCAGCAGCUCAAGGAGAGCAUCGGACACGGCGCCACGGUGCUGGCGCGCAGCGCGUCACCGGACCCGCAACCCCUGCUCGCGGCCAUGGAGUUGCGCUUCCCGGGCUGUCGCCUGCGGCGGCGCCAAGCCGGAGCGCUGUUGCGCUUCCACGUGCCGGCGCGUCCCUGGCACGAGCUGUUCACCGGCAUGGAAGAGCUGCGUGCCGAGAAGCUCAUCCACGAGUACCUGGUCAGCGACGUAAGCCUCACCGAGGUCUUCCGGCACUUCACGAAGCACAAGCGGACGCCCGUGCCGACCCCUGUGCCGACGCCCAGCAUUUCGCCGCCCCGCAGCCCGCGCCAGGUCUAGCGGGCGCCACGGUGGGACUGCCGCCGUGGUCGUCCGCCAGGAGGCCUACCGAGCGUCGCGCUUUCGUGGGCGCAUAUUUAUUGUUGAAUAUGUUAUUGCAAGUUUCUAAGCUGUCUUGAUCUGCGAGCCACAAGAGUAAAUGGUCUGCACAACGCUA